AUGAAACCAUCUAAACUGCAAGAUCAUCGGAGAAGAUGCCACCCUGAUAAAACAGAGAAAGAUUUGAAAUACUUUCAAACACUCAAAGAUAAAUUUCAGAAGAGACCUACACUGGACAGAAUGUUCGCUUCUACGUCACAAAGAAAUGAUGAUGGUUUGCGGGCGUCUUACAAUAUCUCGUUACUUAUAGCAAAAUCCGAAAAACCGCAUACCAUCGGAGAGAAGUUAAUUUUGCCAGCCGUUGAAGAGGUUUUAAAAACUGUUUUACACAAACCUGCAUCUGAUAUCAUUAAAAGAAUUCCCUUAAGCAACAAUACUGUUGAAAGACGUAUUGAAAUGAGUUCUGAUAUUGAAAGCUUCUUAUGUAAUUAUUUGCAAUCGACCCAUUUCUCUAUACAACUGGACGAGUCAACUUUACCUGAUAAUACAGCAUUAUUAUUGGCAUAUGUUCGUUUUAUUAUGAAUCAAGAAAUCUACGAAGAACUGCUCUUCGCAAGAACUUUGAUAACCGACACUAAAGGUGAAUCAAUAUUUCAUGUUUUGAAGGAUUAUUUCAUUGAAAAAGCAAUUCCUUUAUCAAAUAUAAUAUCAGUAGCUACAGAUGGAGCACCUGCCAUGGUUGGACGUUAUCGUGGAUUUAUAAGCUAUUUAAAACAAAAUGUGUCAGGGGUAUUGCAUGAAUCACUUCAUUUAGUCAUUGAUGCAGUAAACCGAAUCCGAAGCAACGCGUUGAAUACGCGGUUAUUUGCGCAGUUGUGUGAAGAAAAUGACGAACACUUUCAUCAAUUAUUCCUUCACACUGAAGUACGCUGGCUGCCGAAAGGCUUAUGUUUGACAAGAUUUUUUGCACUUUUUGAGACUAUUUUAGAAUUUCUGGAUACUAAAGAUAAAAUUUGUAAAAGAAAAUUUAAUGAAGAGGAAAACAGACAUCGCCUAUUUAACAGAUUUGUUUAUAAAAUUUAA